AAGUAGAUGCUUGGAGGAAUCAUGGAGCAAGUUACUUGACAUCACCGCAAGACACAACAUCUCAUUGGGAGAGUUUUCCUCUGAUUACGAUCAUUCAAUUUAUUCAACAUGCUCAUGCGCUUUCCAAUAAAAUAGCACGAUCUACGCAGGGGCAAGAGGAAAAGACCCGAAGCCAGCAAGAUGGCUCCCGCGCUGAUCGACAGCAAGUAUGUAGGGUAUGACAUCCUAUGUUAAGGCUCGAUGCAACAAUUCAUCUCAUCCAGUGGUCAACAUUUUCUUCGGUUUCCUUCUUAGGAUUCUGAAGAAAUGAAGGCAAGAAAAAAAUUGUUUUGUUGAGCUCUAACUAUGGACGGGUCUUGGGGUCACUUUGGGCGGAAUCGUUCUUCUUCUGAUCAUAGUUUGGAUCAUACACGCAGCCAAGCUGUACAAACUUUUGCCGGGAUGGGGACCAAUCGUUCGAUUUGACGCGGAUACAUCCGACGAACUACGAUACAGGCAGGAAGUUUUCAAGCACAGUCGAGAGCAGGCUGGAUUCGAACGGGUAGCGCGUUGUUGAUUUUGAACUUAGUCAGAUCUUAACACGUAUCUAUUUGUUCUGAGGAUUGAGUACUAUGUAUCUAUAGUAUGGUAAUGCUAUCGCUUGUAUCGCAGUAAGGGUCAACGCUUUUCAAAUUUUACAGCCUGCGGAAGGGGUCUGGCGAAAGCAGCCUGGCGAGUAUAUACAACAUCCCGUGUACGGAACCGUGAGGAUACAUCCGAAUCAACAGGCUCUCUACGCAGAGCGCGCCAGCGAUCCUUAUGCGCCACGAGACGAGCAGCACGAUGGAGGGCGCCACGCAGCAGUAAAAUGUCAUGCAAGCAAUAUGGAGUUUCGCGUCAUUUGAGUAAUCCAUCUGCAAUGUCGAUAUCCGGUAGCGGUAGAAACCUGAGUACUCAAACGAAGCACUAAUACAGGAGGAUAAGGCUAUUUUUAUGCUGAAGUGAAAUUCAUCGGUGGACGUCAUGUUGCACGCGGUUCAUAUAGUGUCCAUGCUUAUGGUGUUUUGAUCUAUAGGCUGGGAGCGCACGUGCCUGAGCGUUGGAUCACACAAUCUCCAUGGUUUUCCUGUCUACUUUUUUCCAUGAUUAUGUCCCGUUGGCUGUUGAGACGUGGAACCUACUAAAAAAAGAGCUCCGACGAGGAUGAAACGCCACAAGUGGAUCCUUGCUGUGUGAUAUUCGUACAUCAUACGAAGCGUAGAAUUUUACUUGAUGAACUCUUUUUGAAGUGCAAAGCCUUGAUCUGCUUUUGCCGCAUAUCGAGAGGCCUUCUAGACGGUCACUUCUGGUUCAGUUGCUGCUGCUUCACUGCGCAAAUGAAAUCAUGACUACGCGUCGCUAGGAUUCAUUUUAGAACAGGUCCUCUUUGUUCUUUAGUCAUCAUCGUUAGCCUUAUCCUUUUACAUCGGAUAAACAUUUGUUUCAGCACAAGAACAAGCGCAUUAUAGCGAUCACAUCAAUGCGUUCCUGCUCGUUGGGCUUUGUGUUUGCACAUCUCGGGUUUCCUCUGGCAGAAGGAGCAGCGAGUUCGUCGUCGUCAUCUUUGGAUCGCAGCGAGUUCGUCGUCACUAUCCCAUGGGAGCAAAAUCAUGAUUCGGAUUCUCUACGGUUUAGGAGGCACAGCGCUGAUUCCUUGUACCUCGCGCAAAAGACUCCACUUACGAAAGUGAAAUCCGAGUGGCUUUCUUACCGGCGCUGGCCGGUGGUGCUAGCAGAAGCGGCAAAUGGCGCGUUUUUCCAAUGAAUUUUAUUAAUACCACAGACCGACGAUUUCAACAAAAUCAAUGAGCAGUCUGUGCUUGUUAAAAUCAAUAAGCUGUCACGAUCGGCUGCACGAAACGACUCCAUACCUGUGCAAGAGAGGACUCAACACCGUACAAAGCCAAAGCAGAAGGAAGAUGAUAAACAUGUUGUGACGUAACAAUAAUUCACAAGAACAACAUAUCAAAU